AUGUCAGUGCCCGACAUAACUCUCUCAGAGUUUUUCCCUUGGCUAAACCCAACGGGACUUUGCAGCGAGAGCACGGAACAUCCUCAUGAAGAGUCGCCGUCCAACAACAAUAACCAGGUAACAAAUUGUAGACACAGUGGCAGUGAAAAAGGUAAACAGAGAGAAGGCGAGGAGGAAAAAGGAGAUCAAUACAGAGGAAAGAAUUGCGAAGCUCCUUGGGACAAUGCUGACACAACAGUCGAGGACAACAACCAAGUUCCCGAGGUCAGUGAUCAUUUGCCUUCUACUCCUGUUCCUGCGGUCAUCACUCCAAUCGCCACUCCUAUCCCCGCUGUCACCACUCUGACCCUCACUUCCGUCCUUGCUGUCACCACUCCCAGCUGUCCGCUCACUCCUACUCCUGUUUCCUGCUCUCCCUUGUUCACCUCUCCCUCUCCUACGCACUCAAUUCUGAGCGUUCGAGCCCUCAAUAUGACUCCGGGCCCAAGUCAUCAACAGUUCCCCAAUACGACAGCCUCUCCUCUGAGUACUGGGGGUUCAGGCCAAACAUUUGAAUGA